UGCAGAAGCAACCAACUCGGCUGAUCCGUUCGGUCGCCAUUUCGCCUCUCUCUCGCGGCCUGCUUCUCCUCCGGAGUAUCUGUGGAUUCAGCUCUUGUGUGAAAGGGGCUUUCAGAGCUUUGGUUGAUUGCUAGGGGGCCAUUUCUUGAGGCUCCCGAGUCUUGGGCCCCCCACCUCUUCCUUCCCCUUCCAUGGGAGCUUCGAAGCUGCUGGAUCUCUGCAAGUGACCAUGAGUCAGAGUGUUUAUCAGCCUCUUUUCAAGCCAAGGAAUAAAUUUUUCGAUUGGGUAUGAGGCAGGAACCACUGUUACAGGUGUAUGAAAGGUUUUGACAUCAACGUGCUUCGUGAGGAAGCAAGGACUAGGUGGUUAAAGCCUUCUGAAGUAUACUAUAUCCUGCAGAAUCACGAGAGGUUCCCGAUCACCCAUGAGGCACCGAGGAAGCCACCCAGUGGUUCACUAUUCCUUUACAAUCGUCGUGUGAAUCGGUAUUUCCGAAGAGAUGGCCACACAUGGCGGAGGAAGAAGGAUGGAAGAACUGUUGGGGAGGCUCAUGAACGCUUGAAGGUUGGAAAUGUCGAUGCUCUGAGUUGCUAUUAUGCUCAUGGUGAGCAAAAUCCAUGUUUCCAGAGGCGGUGUUUCUGGAUGUUGGAACCUGCAUAUGAGCACAUUGUGCUGGUACAGUAUAGAGAGGUGGCUGAGGGCAGAUAUUAUUCAUCAAAGCUGUCGAAUGGACCACCAGAAUCUCUUUCAUCUUUGGGAUAUCCACAUGCCAUCUAUGGAAACCAAUAUCUCAGCUCUACUUCUGGCACUAGUGAGGGCAGUGAAUCCCAUCAGAGCUAUUCUAAUUUGAGUUCUGUAACUGAAGUAAGUUCCUAUUCUGGUAACAAAGAGUACAACAAAGAUGGUGGCAGUUUACUAAGCAUACCAGAGCUUGGACAGACUUGUCUGGAACAAACUACAGAAGUUUAUCAGGCUGAUAAUGAUAAUUCAAAAAAUAAGUCUGGGCUUAAUGUGGCUUUGAAGAAGAUAGCUGAGCAGUUAAGUUUGGGUGACGAUGAAGAUGACUAUAUUUACACAAAUCAAGUUCAGCCUUUGGGAUUCGCUACAAAUAUUGAGGCUACAGAUAAGAAGGAUGACAACCAAAUAAAACAAAUUCAACCAGAAGGAGCACAAAAAGGUUUAGGCAGGAAUAUAGCACCAUCAUGGGAAGAUGUGUUGCACUCCAGUUCAGGCUUGCCAACUCCAUCUAUAUACCAGUCAGAUGUCCAGUAUCAGCAAAAUUCAGAAUAUCAUCCACCAGGAAGCCUAGACAGCAGUGAUUUGCGCAUACAACUUUCUGCUGCUAAAAGAUUUCUUUUAGGGCCAGAAGCCUCCAUUGACUCGCCAUCUUCAAACUUUAUUCUGAGGAACAAGAAGAAUGGUGGAACUGAUAUUCUUUCAGCUCAUGAGAGUAGGCUUGAAAGCUCUCUGAACCCAGAUUGGAAAACAAAAGCACCGUUAACAUUUCAAAGCAAUUCACAGGGCUCUGAAAUAACAGAGUUGUUGUUUGACCGUGGUCAGCUUGAACCCUACUCCAGAGCAGAUACAAGACUUACCUUGGGACAGAUAAAGCAGUUUAACAUUCGUGAGAUUUCUCCAGAAUGGGCAUUCUCCUAUGAGAUCACUAAGGUCAUCAUUACGGGAGAUUUUCUAUUUGAUUCGUCAAAUUUGUGUUGGGCAGUCAUGUUUGGUGACAGCGAGGUACCUGCUGAAAUAGUUCAGCCGGGUGUCCUUCGCUGCCACACACCACUGCACAGCAGUGGAAAACUCAGAGUCUGCAUUACCUCAGGGAACAGAGAAGUUUGCAGUGAAUUCAAAGAAUUUGAGUUUCGCUCAAAACCAACCUCUUCUGGUUCCUCAGACCUUGCACCAUCUUCUAGAUCCCUGAAAUCUAGUGAAGAAUUAUUAUUUCUUGCCAAAUUUGUUAGAAUGCUUUUGUUGGAGAAUGGAAGCUCCGAAGUUCCAGAUAGUGAUCCCCAAUCUGGACAGUGUCCAAAACUUAGGAUGAAUGAAGAGCUCUGGGAUAGGUUAAUUCAUGAACUCAAUCUAGGAUGUGAAAAUCCACUAAGUACAGUUGAUCAGAUUAUGGAGGAACUUCUGAAAAGUAGAUUACAACGGUGGUUAUCAGUGAAGCUCAAAGGAUUCAAUGGAACAUCUUCUUCUUUGUCCAAGCAUGACCAGGGUAUCAUACACUUAAUUUCUGCACUAGGCUAUGAGUGGGCACUGUCUUCAGUUCUCAGUGCUGGAGUUGGUCUAAACUUUCGUGAUUCAAAUGGAUGGACUGCACUUCAUUGGGCUGCUUAUUUUGGAAGGGAAAAGAUGGUUGCUGCACUUCUUGCUGCUGGUGCAUCAGCAACAGCAGUCACCGAUCCUACUGCACAAGACCCAGUUGGCAAAACAGCAGCUUUCCUGGCUUCUGAACGAGGGCAUACAGGCCUUGCAGGUUAUCUUUCAGAAGUGUCGCUGACUAGCUAUCUUGCAUCACUUACUAUAGAAGAAAGUGAUGUUUCAAAAGGAUCAGCUGAAAUUGAAGCAGAGAGGGCAGUGGAAAGCAUAUCUCAGAGGAGUGCACAACUGCAUGGUGGCACAGAAGAUGAGCUCUCAAUGAAGGACUCUUUGGCAGCAGUGAGAAACGCAGCUCAAGCAGCAGCUCGCAUCCAGAAUGCUUUCCGUGCCUUCUCUUUCAGGAAGAGACAGCAAAAGACUGCUCGACUUAGGGAUGAAUAUGGAAUGACUCAAGAAGAUAUAGAUGAACUUGCAGCCGCAUCAAGAUUGUACCACCAAGCUCAUGCUUCAAGUGGCCAGUUUUAUGAUAAAGCGGCUGUUUCAAUUCAGAAGAAAUACAAAGGUUGGAAAGGGCGCAAACAUUUUCUAAACAUGAGAAGAAAUGCGGUUAAAAUACAGGCCCAUGUAAGAGGCCAUCAAGUGAGGAAGAAAUACAGAACAAUUGUAAGCACUGUCAGUGUGCUAGAGAAAGUAAUACUUAGGUGGCGCCGGAAAGGACAUGGCCUACGUGGCUUCCGAGCUGAGCAGCAACCGAUGGUUGGAGCAGUAGAGGAGGAUGACGAGGAAGACGAUGACUUUGAUGAUGAUGAAGCGGUCAAGGUUUUCCGGCGGCAGAAGGUCGAUCAGGCUGUAAAGGAGGCUGUGUCAAGAGUGCUGUCCAUGGUAGACUCUACUGAAGCAAGGAUGCAGUAUCGUCGAAUGCUUGAGGAGUUUCGCCAAGCAUCGGCUGAAUUGGGUGGAUCGCAGGAAGUAACAUCAAUAUUUGACAGUGAUUUGGAAAUUUUAGGGAUCAACAACUUCAUGCUCUGAAAAAAGCGCAACAUGUAAGGAGCAUUUCAGUUUCAAGUGCUGGUGUAUGAAGCAUUUAGAAGUGUUCAACUUGCUACUAACUAGGACUUCUAGUCAGUUUGUACAGUGAUUGCCUGGCUGAUGUGGACUGCUGCUUCUAUGUAUUUUUAAUCCCUAAAUUAUUUGGGAAUGGCUGUUCUGUGAACACUGCAUUAGAUAUUUGUAAUUCUAGGAGAUGUCCUUUUAAGUCAGUUCGGUAAUCUGUUUCUCAAUAAGUA